GAAGGUGUUACCGACUGGACCACCCCUGGGAACCCUUCUCUGGAGGACCUGGGUGUGUCACUGACCCAGUUUGAGCCGUUUGCACGUUACGUUCUUCAUCCCAUGCGCAGAAAUGCCUACUACUUGGAACGUUUGGGUGAAUUUGCCGACCCAGCACCGCCCAAACCUGCCGAGUUCUACCAGACUAAACCUGCCAGUUAUGCUCAAGCCUAG